AAUGGACUACAAGAAAUCACUAUACGAGAGAUUUGGAGGUGAUCAACAAGUGUCUGAAUUAAUUGAUUAAUUCUAUUACAAAGUUUUGUUCGAUAAAUUGUUAAGGGAUAAAUUCUUGAAAGCUGAUAUGAGUCGUGUUAGAUAUCAAUAGAAGAGAUUCUUUUCUUAAAUGAUGGGUGAUAAGAAUACUUAAUACACUGGCAAGUAUUUAUAAUAUUUCAAAUCAUUAGAGAUCUAGUGGAAGUUCAUAAAGGCUUGAAUAUAACAAAUUAACAAUUUGAUAAAUUUAAAGUUCAUCUCAAAAAUAUUGCUCAGGAUAUGGAAGUAAGUGGAGCUGAUUUAGAAGAAUUACUUGAUCAUGUUGAAAAACAUAGAGAUUAAAUAGUAUUUAAUAAAACAACAUGAU